GGCGCUGAGAAUGCAACUGCGGGGGAGGAGGGGGAUGAAAAUGAGGAAGAGCAGGAAGAAGAGGGGGAGAAGGAACAGCUGGAGGAGGACAAGACCCUGACGAAGCCCCUCACUCUGGAGGUCAUCAGCCAGAGCAUCUCUCUCCUCUGCAAAGUGGGCACUGGCCUCGCACACGCAUACGUCAGACUAGACGUCCAUGACAAGGAGUUGACAAAUAUAACGAUGUUGUCUACAUUUGUACAUUUACGCUACAUUGACAUUUCGAGCAACAGUAUCAAAGACAUCUCCCCGCUCAACUGUUUGACUCACAUGCUCACUUUGAAGAGUGAUCGGAACCUUCUGACAUCGCCCGCCCUCGCCCAGUUGCCCUAUCUGCAGUCGGCCAAUUUCUCCAAGAAUAAAAUUGUCGCCGCUGAGGGCGUGGAUCACCCCCUUCUGGAAGUACUUCACCUGUCAUACAAUAAGAUCAACUCACUCACUUCCUUUACCGCUCUCAACAUGACAAUGCUGCACACUUUGGAGCUGAGAAGCAACCAACUGCGGAGCACCAAGGGUUUAGUCAUCCCCACUCUGAAGAACCUCUACUUGGCCCAAAACGUGAUCAAGUACCUGGAGGACGUGGACAAACUGAGCAAUCUGCAGCAGCUGCAUCUCAGGGACAACCACAUCGAACACCUGGACGGCUUCAAUGAGAACAACAAGGCACUGCAGUACUUGAACUUGAGGAGCAAUCACAUCACAAACAAAAAGGAGCUGCAAAAACUCAAGAUGUUGCCGAUGUUGCGUUGUGUGGUGAUGUCGGAGUGUCCGAUCAGUGACGAGGACGACUAUCGAGUGGAGGUGCUGAUUGCACUUCGGAAGAGAAUCGAGCGGCUGGACAAGGACGAGUACACGGAGGAAGAGAGGGUCGAGGCCGAAGAGAUCUCGGAGCAGAGGAGGGCGGAGGAAAACCCAGGCGGGGCAGGAGAUGAGCAGGACGGAAUGGACCCCCUCCUCAUGGACGAAGACGGGAUGGGGGGAGAGGAGGGAUCGAACGAGGAGGGCAAUGACUUCGACCUAGAAGACGACAUGGACUACUCUUGAGGAUUAGAAAUUGAACCUGACAGAAUUUUAGCAAAUUAUUCGCCUAAUUUUUUGUUUCGAUUUUUUCUUUGUCACUUUCUUGAUCAUUUCAUAUCGUACGAGGAAUU